CACCGGCCCUUCCGACUGCAAGCUCGACUGAGUGGAAGCGUCAAACCAGAAGGGUAAGAAAAAUCGCCCCCUCCCCCUCGCACGGUCGAUCCGCAAUGGAGGAGGAGAUGAAUCACGCAGAGGACGAAGGAUUGCGAUCGGGCACCAUCUCCAAACUCUGCAAACAGCGGACUCCCUACAGUGUCCUCAAACCAUUCCCUGGCAAGAAGGCGAUGACCAGGAGGUACGAAAGACCCACCAUGAUCGAGGUCCCACAACUGGCCAUAGGGACUGGAGGAGGAGGGGCUCAUCACCAUCACCCACCGGUUACCAUCAACACCGAGCAGCAGCAACAACAGCAGCAUCACUUCCACCAUCAGCAACAGCAUUAUCCAUACCAGAGCAUCUCGAACAACAGGAUAGCCCCCGGAGCAGUAUCAGCAUCAACAUCUAUGUUAGCUUCAGUAUCUCAAUCGUACCUUGGAGCGACGGCUUCUGACUAUCCGCCUGUCAGGUACAACAACAUACCUACAAGCCAAUCAGGAGCUGAAAACAUCAUCCUAAGUGCAGAGAGUCGCUUAAUACUUGAUGCCUUUGCGCAGCAAUGCAGUCGAGUCCUGACACUCCUAAAGGACAAUGGAAAACUUCUGGACACCAACCAAACUCAAGUCAUUUCUUGUGUUAAAAAAGAGAGCGGGUGUUACGAUGAGUGCACAGGACAGUGUCAGCUGGUCAAAGGUGCCCCAAUGCAACCACGGGCAUCAGGAAAUUCAGAGACAGAAUUACAGAAUGUGCAAAAGAGACAUCAAACCUCAGCCUUGCUUCGUGUAUUUACGGAUUCUCUACAAAGUUACCUACUUGCUGGGGGACGGCCAUCACAUAGUACUGUUGGGAUGAGUGAAUGCAGUCACAUGACAGACAUGGAUCCCCUUUCCACAUCUCCCACCCAUACUCUGGGAGGGUGGACAUCCCCAGCAACAUCUGAAUCUCAUGUCCAUCCAUCAUCUACAUUCCCCGAGGAGGACGAAGAAGAUGGCUACUGUCAGAGGUGCCAAGAGUUGGAGCAGGAAGUGGUUUUACUGCAACAGGAAAAUGAGGAACUGAGGAAAACCUUGGAUCGAAUUCCAGUGCCCUGUCAGACUGUUCUUGAUUAUUAUAAGACGGUACUCCAGCAUCACAAUCAACUAGUCCAACCAGUCUCAGAGGAGCAGCCAACAGAGGGAAACAAACAGUUGUUGAACAACUAUCCUGUCUGUAUCACUAGUAAGCAGUGGGAUGAGGCUGUCAAUUCAUCUAAAAAGGAUGGCCGGCGACUUCUCCGUUACCUCAUCAGAUUUGUGUUUACAACAGAUGAACUGAAGUAUUCAUGUGGACUGGGCAAAAGGAAAAGAUCAAUGCCAUUAGGGGAGCCAGGCCCAGAGCGACGUCCUCUCGAUCCUGUCAAAGUGACCUGUCUCCGAGAGUUCAUUCGGAUGCAUUGCACCUCCAACCCAGAUUGGUGGAUGCCUUCAGAAGAACAAAUAAACAAAGUGUUCAGUGAUGCAGUUGGGCAUGCUCGCCAAGGUCGUGCUGUUGGAACUUUUCUUGGUGGCAGUGGUGGUUCCUAUUAUGAAGGCUAUGACCCUCAAAUAUCACAUGACGAAAUGUUUAACAAGGGCUGCCAUGAAGGAUCUGGAGACUAAAGGACAACAGUGUUCAUAUAUAACUGCCACGUUGGUGUAAAAAAUGAAUGUAUAUUAAUCUAUGGUUGUAUUGGUGUUGACACCAACUAGAUAUGAUGCAACUCAAUUUUACAUUAGAACAUUUAAUUAAAAUAACAUUUCCUGCAGAAGAUAUACCAAAAGUGACCUCAGAGGUUAACCAGCUGUGACUGUGAAUAAUUUGGUUUAUAUCCAUUUUCCUGAACAUUCUAAGUGUUAUUCCAGGCAUGGAACUGAGGAACUGUAUUUAAUCUGUCCAAAUUCAUACAAAGGAAUAUUAUGUUUACAAUGUUCAAGCCAGGUAAGGGAGAAACAGACUUUGAUUUAAAAUUACGUAAUUUUCUACAUGGAUAAACUUGAUCAAAACAUAAAAAUCAAAACAUAAAAUGGCUAUGUCGCUGAAAUUCAACGGUCUAAGCCUGGGCAUCUGGGUUUUUUGCAACCUAUGGAAAAUUGAAAUUUUUGCAAUUAUAAUUUGUUGCUGCCCUUUUAACUGUUCCAAUUGAAUUAUAUUACUGUUUAAAGAGUUGCCAAAAUAGGAGUUCAGUCUGUCAUCUUUUAGAUAUGUGGCAAUAUUGUUGCCUGAAUGUAGAACUUUACCGUAUAGCCUAUUUAAAUUCAACCCUCACCACAAUUUUGGUCACACACUUUAAUGUGUGGCGGUUAACUGGUAGCAUUUCAGAAAUGUAGCAGUCUUGUCAUGGGAAUCAACAAGAAAUGUUAUUGUCUUCUGUCAGUUGUUUGGAUUGCUAAAAAGCAAAUUGAGGGCAGGUAAGUAGAACUGCCUACAAAAAUGCUCAUUUACCAAGUAUCACAGACACAGGCCAUGGUUAUAUUGCACUUUGCUUGAAUACCUUCUGUCCACGUAUACAAGUGCAUUAAUGAUGAAUGUUGUAGUAUUUGU